AUGAACACCACAGACAUUUUUACCGAGGUGAACACCAUGGAAAGCACUUUCAUUGGGUUUAACUCAACAACAACGAUGCCAUCCGUCCCAAGGAAAUUAGGCCCAAAUAACCAGAAGAUCGCAAUAGCAGUAACUGUCAGUUUCUUGAUGAUAUCGGCCAACGUCAUCAGCUUGGUCGCCUUCAUCAUCGAGAAGAAACUCCGCACCUACAACAACUACUUUAUCAUCAACCUCGUCAUCUCCGAUCUUGUAGCUGGUAUGCUCCUAACCAUCACAGUAGCCCACACCAUCAUCGGUUACUUCCCUUUCUCGAUGAACUUCUGCAGGGUCUACACUGCCCUUAGAAACGCCUCGACAACAGUUUCGAACCUCGGCAUGGUCGUCAUAUGCGUAGAUCGGUACCGAGCGACGUUCGACCCCAUCAACCAUUUCACGUCCCGAAGCAAACGCAAGGCGGUGGUGAUGAACGGUAUCGCAUGGGCCAUCGGUCUUGGCUUCUGGCUGUCAUACGCCACCGGCUGGGACUUUGUGGCUAAUGCCUACAACACCCGACACUGCGUUCCAGGCUACUCUUUCCGACUGAUUCCCGCCAUCUUGCCUAUUUUCCUUCAAGUGUUUCUGCCCUUGGCCGUCGUCUCCUUUCUGUACUUGAAGAUCUACAUGAAGAUCAAGAAGACAAUGAGAGGGAGGAACGUGAGCCAGAUGUUCAACUUGAGGUCCUGUGUCCAAGAAGAAUCGGCAAUAAGUAAUGCCAGCAUCAUCACUAUUGCAGGACGGGCAGACUUACCAAAGGUUGCCGUUGGCGGUAUGGAAAAAGAUAUUGGAAAGUCGUUACAAGGAACACUCGAGGCAAAUGACAAACAACGAAAGACACCCAAAAAGAAAACUGAGUCUAAAUCAACUCCCCAAGAGUCUACUGGUGAGAUGGGGAAAGCCACCCGAACCCUCCUCUUCAUCAUUAUCUCUUUCUUCGUUGCCUGGAUACCAAGCAGUAUCGUGGCUGUCAUCUUUACCAUCAACCCAAUCCUCCUACAUCAAGGAUUCUUCACCUCCAUCUGGUAUAUCUUUGUCGCCUGGCUGACCUACGCCAACAGUUUCCUUAACCCUAUCGCUUACUCAGUAUCACAACCGUUGUUUCGUAAGACCGUCUUCAAAAUUCUCUUUCAUCCUCUUAGCGCAUGUAGAAAGUAA